UGUGAUUGAAAACAGUCGGUGCGUGUUAUUCAGUAUUUGCGUGUCGGCCAGUUCGGUUGUGAAGCUUAAGCUAAAUUUUUAUUGCGUUUGGCUCCAGCUAACGAAUGCAAUAUAGAUUUUCGAACAAAAGACACAUGAACAGGUGCUCAAAUAAUUUCAAAUGUGAAAAUAACUGUCUCACCGUUUUGUUGUUACUGUUUCAUUUCGAAUUUCGUACGGAUAUAAAACAUCGUCAAAAAAUACAAUAUAUUGUUGUAUUAAAUUAAACAUGCAGUCAAACUGAAAAUAGAAAUACAGAAGCGAGCAAAAACAGUGUAUAAGUGCGGUGAAUUGUGACAUUAACAUAUCGCAUCUAAUAAAAUCUACCGGUUUGCCAAUUGGCUAUUACGUUUAUUUGAUUUGUUGCUCAUUUGCGACAAACACAUUCUUAAGGUGAAACAAUAAGAAAAGUUAAAACAUUCAUGUCGGAAGGAAAAUUUUUGAGAGAUAAAGAGCAAAAAAGAACAUAAGAACGGAUAAACAUUUUUUUUUAGUUUUGUUUGAAAUUUCGCAAUAAAUAAACGAAUAAAAGAGUCACACGCAAAAUUGAGAUUAACUAUUAAAUCAUAUAAUUUGAGUUGAUUGAAAGAAUUUACUGUUAAAAAACUACGAAAAUUUAUUAUUUGUAACGUGUUCGUGGUAACAAAAGAAAAGUGAAAUAAAAAAUUAUCAAAGAAUGAUACCAUUGAAAAGUCAAAACAAUUGAAACGAAAAAAAAAAAAGAAUUCUCAAACGAUAUACACCAAUUUCAAAGCGAAAAUCGCAAAAACAACGGGAUAAAUCGACGAUCAUUUACGAUAGAAGCGCACUCGAGUUACAGUGCUAACGAAAACGUGCGUAAAAAUGGAAACAAAUUUACAAAGCAGUGAGGUUCGCAUACCAAAAAGUCCACAAUCGUCGAGCACAUGUCCACAGUUUAAGAGCACAUUUGCUAGAUCGUUGUCCUUCAAUACGAACACCCAACAAAAUAAACCGUUAGAUUUUGAAAUCAGCUUUCGCAUCGCUCAAAAUGUCGAGCAUUCGCAAAAUUUGUCAACGACCACAGUGCCACAGCCGCACAAAGUUGACGAUUUCGACGAAGAGUUUGCUGAAUUUAUGCGAGAUUCACCAUUAAAGCAAUCAUUGCAAAAUUUAUCGACAAAAUCAACUACAACACCAAUAACGCCAACGCGCAAAAAUAUUGUUGCAUCGCGUGUAUUCAACACAACCUGUUCCGGACGACAUCGAUUUCAGGACACGCAAGGGAAUAAAUCAUGUUCGCCCGAAAUUGAAUUGCAUCGUUUGCGAAAGGAAUGUCAAAAUUUAUUGGAGGAGAAUCGACGUUUGGUCAACAGAAAUGGGUCAAGCGAGAUACACGGCCAAGAGACAAUGAUGCCAACCACAAAUGGCACUGUAGAAGAAGCCGUUCUUCAGACACAAAUCGAAACAUUACAAUGGCAAUUGACUCAGGUCGAAUCCAGUCGCCAAAUGUAUCAUGCACUGAUGGAAGAGGUGGUACGAUUUUUAGAGCGAUGCUAUCAAAGUAUUGAAUCCAUGCAAAAGAACAACAAAAUUGCACGGUCUCGUAGCAUCAACCACAUGUUUAUCGAACAGUCGACCCAGCCGGCAACAAAAAAUGAACAUCGCACCAGCGACAUUGGAUCUCUGCGAAGCAACCUCAAUAUCGCUUCCGAUAAAACCGGUGCAAAUGCAUCAACGGAAAAAGAUCAACUGAACGAAUCAUUUGCCUCAUCCAUUACAACAACAACAGCCAAUAGCACCGAUUCGUACAACAAUUUUACAGAUUUUACGUGGCGCCGGUCUCCAAAGAAAUCACCACAAAAAGGUUUGAAUGAUGAUGAUGCUGAAAAGUUAUCCCAGGAAGCGUUUCGCCUCUAUCGUACGGCUCAAAAUUUACUGAAUCUCAAAGAACCGAUUCUGAGUGAGUCGAAAACGUCGUUACAGUCAUUUCAUCGAAAUUCAUUGUCCGAUCUUAAAUCGAGUGGGAUUCAAUCAUAUACGGGGCCAACAUCGUUGCAACGUAAAUUAAAAUCACGUGAAAGCCAUAAUUCGUAUCAUAGUAAUAGCACCAGUGAUGGAUCUGUACAUUCAAAUUCAUCGAUUCGCACCGAAACCGAUGAGGAAAUUCAACUUGAUGGUGGCAUUGGUGGCGGUAAUGUUGCCCACAACAAUGGCCUGCCAGUGCUAAACGGUAGUGGUGGUAAUCGACGUUCGAAUGCAAUCAAUCCAGAUAAAUACAGUCCAGCAACUGAAAUGGAAGCCAUGGCAUUGAACAAAGAUCGCAUCAAAUCGGUGGCCAGCAGUUCGGCCGACGAUGAAAGUGGUUUCAGUUCAAUGAAUUCAUUUCAUCAUGAACCGAAUCCAACGUCAUUAUUGCCGCCGCUAGCACUAAACUCAACAAUGCUAUCGAAUCAAAUAUCAUUGGAAGACGAUAAACCUGAACAUCAUGAUUUACCAAAAUCAAAUGAAAUGCUCAAUGGCAAUGCAUUCAAUGUGAUUCACACCGAUAUGAAAUCUCUACCGCCAAUUCUUCAUAAGAGAUUCGAUUCAGCACCACCAAUUCCACCAAAAAAGAAGCUCACCACAUUCAAUUCAUUGAAAAAUGAAAACAGCCCCGAUAAAGCGACCGGUAUACACGUACUUUGGGUGUAACACGAUCGCGAUUUUUCUUUCCGAAUUUUUCUACCAAUCCAC